AUGACCGUCCAGCCCACUUUGGCUGACGUUGAUGUUGACGUCCUUAUCAGCCGGCUGACGCUCGAGGAGAAGAUCGAGCUUCUCACCGGUCAGGGCUCCUUCAAGACCACAAGUCUUCAGGCUCAUGGAAUCCCAAGCAUCACUGUGAGUUCCGACCCGACCGUCCCAAGUGUCCUUUUAUCUUCUGCGACUGCGAUGGGUGCCACAUUUGACGUCGACUUGAUGCAUCGAAUCGGUAAUCUGCUUGGAGAAGAGGCUCGGUACAAGAACGUCAAUGUAUUGCUGGCACCUACAGUCUGUUUACAGCGGUCGCCCCUAAUGGGGCGUGGCUUCGAGGCGUUUGGCGAAGACCCUGUUCUUAGCGGAAUGAUCGCUUCGGCCUAUAUCAACGGCAUCCAAGAACGCGGCGUUGCCGCUUGCAUCAAGCACUACGCCGCACAUGACCAAUCGACGAUGUCAAUCGAGGAUAACGUGAGAAUGACGGAUCGAACAUUACGGGAGCUCCAUUUACUACCUUUCCAGCUAGCCUAUCGCCAUUCUAACCCCUGGUCGUUCAUGACGUCUUAUAAUAAGAUCAAUGGCAUCCACGCUAGCGAAGACCCUCUGCUUUUACGACAAAUUCUCCGCCACGAAUGGGGAUUCGACGGCCUCGUAAUGAGCGAUUGGUGGGGGACAUACAGCACAGCAGAAUCUAUCAACGCUGGCAUGGAUCUCGAGAUGCCUGGACCUACUCAGUUUAGGGGAAAGCUGCUCGAGAUUGCCAUCAAGACUCGGAAGGUUUCCCGCAUGGCAGUUGACGCAGCUGCUAGAAACGUGUUGAACUUUGUCAAGAAGGUCACCGUAGCGGCCGAGCCUUGGAAAGGUGAUCCCUCGUCCGCGAAUACGCCCGAAAAUCGCGCCCUUGUUCGCAAGCUUGCCGCCGAUAGCAUCGUUCUCCUCAAGAACGACGAGAAUAUACUCCCCAUUAAGAAUAGAAACGCCAAGUCGUAUGGCCUGAUCGGCGACCACUUCAAGCUUCCGGCUCUCUCCGGAGGUGGCAGCGCUGAGGGGGACCCAUAUUACUCGAUAACCCCAUACGAUGCCAUGGUUGAAGCAGUCGGGGAGGAAAACAUUACUUUUACCCCUGGGCUAUACACAUUCAAGUUUGUCCCUUUCUUGAAGAAUCUCAACCAACCAGGCACCAGCAACCACGGUUGGUGGGUCGAUAUCUUUGACCACGACCCAGAUCAAGUCCCCAAUGCAGAGGUGGUGUACUCGACUGCUACCGAUAAGGACUUGAUCGACGUUCCAGAGUCUCUGCACAAGCAUUUACCGCACAAGUACUAUGUUCGGGCAAGAGCAACAUUCACACCAGACGCUUCAGCGCGCUUCCGUUUUGGUUUCAGCGUGGCUGGUAAGGGUAAGGUCAAGCUCGACAAUGAGGACGCUAUCGAUUUAUGGGUUGAUCAACCUCCCAAAACGGAGGACACGCCAUGCUUCAACAGGCUAUCCAUGGAGAGAUUCUAUGAGAUGGACUUGCAGAGGGGCAAACCAGUAGACGUCGAGGUUCUGAUGGUAAAUGAAGAUGUUUCUGGCGGCGUUGGCACGGCAUUUACCUUGGCAGGCCGUCUGGGUGGCUACGAGAUUCUAGCGCCGGAGCAAGGCCUCGCCAAGGCUAUCAAGAUUGCACAGUCGGUUGACGUCCCUAUCAUCAUGGCUGGCCUCUCGGCAGACUACGAAAGUGAGGCAAGCGACCGCAAAGAUCUCGAACUACCACCUGCGGGGGUGAAGCUCGUUCAGGCGGUUCUCGAUGCCAACCCCAGCGCUAUUGUCGUAACUCAAGCAGGAUGCCCCAUCGAGAUGCCUUGGGAGCCCCAGUGCAAGACACUUCUCCAUGCUUGGUAUGGUGGCCAAGAGACUGGGCACGGGAUAGUCGACAUUCUAUUUGGCGAUGUGAAUCCCGCUGGCAGGCUCUCGGUGACUUUUCCCAGGUCAAUCAAGCAUACACCGACCUAUUUGGCAUUUGGGAAAUCCGACCAUGAUAUUUUAUAUGGCGAGGGGGUAUUUAUCGGUCACCGUUUCUACGAAAAAGUCGAUCGGGAUCCCCUCUUCUACUUCGGUCACGGCCUCUCAUACACAAAUUUCGCAUACUCGAGCCUCAUAGUUCCACCCAUAUUCGAGCCAUCGGCAGAACACGAGGCGACUAUCGCAGUCAACGUGGAGAAUGACGGCUCGUAUGACGGCGCUGAGGUUGUCCAGCUCUACAUUCGUGCUCCCGAGAGCCCAGUCCAGCGUCCGGUGAGGGAGCUCAAGGCGUUUAAGAAGGUCGAACUUGCAGCAGGUGAGACCAAGACAGUGUGUCUCAGGCUCGACAAGUACGCUGUCUCAUACUGGUCGGAGGAGUAUGGUCAGUGGAGGGCCGAGAAUGGUUGCUACGACGUUAUCAUCGCCAGCAGCUCAAACCCCAAAGACGAAGUCUUGCGAUCAAGGUUCAAGUUACCAGAGAGCUUCCUCUGGUCAGGAAUAUAA